UGCAAGGGGCGGAGCUCGCCCCAGAGAGGAGACCCUGCGGCAAGCUCGCAGCUCACUACUGCGACAUACCACAAUCCUGAGGGUGAUCUCCUGGCUGCUCGAGCCAGAGACUCAGCAGGUGAUGGCGGGCGAGGGGAUCGGGGCUCUGGAGCUGGCCAUGUGCUUGCCACCCAUACAAGAGCGAGAUGCACUCCUGGCCCGGAACAGUGUCCCUGGAGCUGGGACGCUUAGGCCCUGCGACCCCGCAGCCAGCCCGGGAACCGCACCGCUUUCCCCAGAAAACACUGGAGAGAACCCCGCCUCCAGCGUUCUGAAGCUGGGUGGCUGCGAGAAGGGCUCUGGUACUGGGGUGGGGACCAAAGGGAAGGCUGAGGAAGUGACGACUAAGGAAGACUGCGUAGCCGCGGAGGAGCCUGCACAGGUGGGGGAGAAGCUGGAGUGGGUCGCGGAGGCCCAGGCGAGCCUGAGGCCUCUGGACCUAGGGGCUCUCAUCGUGGACCCUCUAGAGGCCAUCCAGUGGGAGUUCGAGGUCAUGAGUGCCCAGUCUGACGGGGCCCACCUCCAGCUGGUGCGCAGGUUUGAGAGGAUGCGUCGGUUGCACCUGGCCCGUAGGAGCUUCAUCAUCCAAAACAUUCCUGGCUUUUGGGUCACUGCCUUCCUGAACCACCCACAGCUAUCAGCUAUGAUCAGCCCUAGGGACGAAGACAUGCUUGGCUACCUGAUGAAUUUGGAGGUGAGGGAGCUCAGGCACACCAGAACAGGUUGCAAGUUCAAGUUCCUAUUUGGGAGCAACCCUUACUUCCGAAACGAGGUGAUAGUGAAGGAAUAUGAGUGCAGAUCCUCAGGCCGCGUGGUAGCCAUUGCUACUCGAAUCCGCUGGCACCGAGGCCAAGAACCUCCGGCCUUAGUACAUAGGAACCGGGACACCAUGCGAAGCUUCUUCAGCUGGUUUUCUCAGCAUAGCCUCCUAGAAGCUGACAGGGUGGCCCAGAUCCUUAAAGAUGACCUGUGGCCCAACCCUUUGCAAUACUACUUGCUGGGGCAAAGGCCCUACAGAGCUAGACCAAACCUUGCAAGGUGUCCAGCAGAGGCUCCGCCAAGGCCCUAUGGGUUCCAGUCUGGCUAAGUCCUGCUCAGAAACUUGGUGCUUACACAGGACUCCUGCUCUCUGCCUGUCAACCUACCUAUGUCUAGGCCAGUGCUCUGCUGUCUGCUUUCUCUUCUGUGAAUUCUGACUCCUCAGCAUGUUUGGUGGACUCGGGGCUAAGGCUGUAACCUUCAUGCUGGUCUGUGUCAACAUCAUGUGAUUCUCAUGCUCCACUGUACUUAUAGCAGGCAUCCAAUGCUGUGGAUCUGUCCUGUCACCAUGGGCGUGGCCUGGACCUGCAAGUAAAACAUGGCCUUUCAUUCACUGGACACCAUUAUCCACAGGGCUUCACCAGGACCAGUUCCAGUUAGAGGCCUAGCACGUCAAAGCUAGGCCUCAAAUAUGCUGCACUUGAGAAGGGCUGACUGUCCCAAACCAAGGUGUGUCAUUUGGUCCUGGUGGUCAGUCAGACUUGGAUAUCCCAUGGCUCCAGAACCACAGACAGAGCAGCUCCUACCAACUGGAUUAUUGAGUGUCUGCAAUGUGGACAGCCAGACGAUCAGAUAUGGGUGAGGUGUAGGGCCUGAAGCAGUGGGUAGUACACUAUUCCUGAUCAUACUGCUCUUCUCGUCCUGUGGUGUACCUUACCCACACCUGGCCAUUGCCUUUUUGAGGAGUUUUACCUUGUCUGCCAGCAUCCCUGUUGCCUGCUUUCAGGUCUGUAAGGGUCACCUGCCAGUGUAGUGAGCGCUCCUAAUACCAGAGAUUAUAUGAGAGGCUAGCUUCAAGGGAAGGAGCAAGGUUGGGAGUGCUUUAGGAAGCCUCAUUCUAGGGCUGGAGAGAUGGCUUAGUGGUUAGAAGCACUGACUGCUCUUCCAGAGGUCCUGAGUUCAAUUCCCAGCAACCACAUGGUGGCUCACAACCAUCUGUAAUGGGAUCUGAUGCCCUCUUUUGGUGUGUCUGAAGACAGCAACAUUGUACUCUUAUGUAAAAUAAGUUAAUCUAAUUAAGAUUAAUUAAUUAAAUAAAUUAACCUACACAGAACCCAGACUUCUUGUUAGCUUCUCCUACACCUAUCUGCUUUUAAGCUGCCAGGUUUGUGGGGCCUGGAGAAGGGCGGCUUCUGGCCAUGGGGCCUGUUUCCACUGGCAUGGCUCUCACACGGACAACAAAUAACUGGAGAUUGCUAUUUUUAUUCAAACAGCCAUGGAGACCCUUUCUUGAAUGGACCUGUCUCCAGUGCGGGAGACUGAACUAUGAACUGCCAGUACUCUCUGUCCCCUCGCUCUGAUUUCUCUAGCAAGGCUUAGAAUAUCCAGAGUGUACAGGGUAGGGCCAGGGCAGGGACAGUUAACCACUUCAUUUUACACUCUGUUCUUUUAAAGAAACUCUAGUCUCCUCUCCUCCUCUGCCCCCCUACCCCUUAUGGGUUCCUGUAGAUAAGACGGCCCAACCGCCCUGCCCCUCCGAGUCCCCUCCGAGUCCCCUCCAGGUUGUCAAUCUCAUGAAAGGCCUGGCUUUCUGCUCCCUAGGACAUGGAGGCACAAAUGGCGGAAGUGGAGAAGCCUCCGUCUUUGCCAGUUCCAUUUCUUCUGAUUCACCAAUAUAUUCUGUAAAUUAGAAGACAAACACAAUAUUGCCA